AUGAAUAUUUCAUAUUUACCUUUAAUUAAUCAAUUUCAAAAUAGUGACAUAUUGAAAGAAUUUGGUGAUAAAUUAGCAAACGAAGAUGGGAGCUUGAAUAGGAAGCUUCUUAGAUCUAUAGUUUUCGAGGAUCCACUAAAAAGAAAAAAAUUGAACAAGAUUACACAUUCCAGAAUCUUUUCUGCUACCUUAUAUGAGAUUUUUUAUCACAGAGUGUUUAUUCUAUUUACAAGAUUUAGGAAUGUUAAGACCGUUCUUGUAUCUCCUUUGCUUUUUGAAAGCAAAGUUUUUACGUGGAUAUGCUCACCAAUUUAUGUAGUAUUUACAAAUAGAGAACAGCAAAUUAAGUACUUAAUGGAGAGAGAUUUCUGUACUAGAACUCUAGCAGAAAACAUGAUUGACUCGCAGAUGAGUUUAGAAACUAAGUGUGAACUCGCAGACAAAGUUUUUUGGAAUAAUAAUAGCUUACAUGAUCUACAAAUUCAAAUCAAGAGUGAAUUUUCUUUGCCAUAA